GGUUAGAACCACGCUUGGUGCCACUGUCUUUGCAAUGGCAGAGGAAAUUGGGCCAGUGACUCUGCAGGUGGAAGUCCCUGAAGGUGUUGGCCCAGGGCUCAAUUUCAACGUGAGCACGCCUGAUGGACAGGUGCUCCAACUGACCUGCCCGGAUGGCAUUUUUGCUGGGAUGAUGGUAUCCUUUUCGUAUUUUCCUGUUGAAGAGCGUCAAGAAGAUUCUGGCACCGACGGCACCUACAUGCACGAAGAUGAUCGAAGGCGUUUGGAGGAAGGCGCAGCGAUUGCUGCUGCUCGGCAAGAAGAACUGAAUUCCAUCGGAGUUGUCAUGGCAGUGCCUCCACCUCCGACUGGAGAGUUUGAUGGCUUUUCAUAUCCCCCUGCGACAUUCGCUGCAGGGCAAAAUGCAAUUGUGACACGGUCCAGUGGCGAGGAAUCUGGAUGCUACAUCUUGGAGGUGUUCCUGACAGCUUUGGGGCCUCUCUACACUGUCUACCUCGGCCAAGCUGAGGAUGGCACGUACAUUACAAAGAACUGCGAGGAGUCAGACUUGCGGCCGUACCCCACCGCCUGAUGCACAGGCUUGUGUGAUUGAGCUCGGUGCAAAA